AUGGAACUUAAACUGGCUGACGAGGAGCGCUUACGACCAAACUGGGAUCAGUACUUCAUGCAAUUGGCAUCUCUUGCCGCACAGCGGAGUAAUUGUAUGAAGAGAAGGGUGGGCUGCGUGCUUGUUCGGGAAUGCCGUGUCAUUAGUACUGGAUACAACGGAACUCCACGGCAUCUCAGGAACUGCAACGAGGCUGGCUGUCCAAGAUGCAACCGAGGUGAAGGUGGAGGCGUCGGUUUGUCCACGUGUCUUUGCCUACAUGCAGAAGAGAACGCGCUAUUAGAAGCCGGGAGGGAGCGCAUACGGGAAGGUACAAUACUUUAUUGUGACACGUGA